AUGGCGGUGUUAGGACGUUCAUUAAAACAAACCAUUUGCCAAGACUAUAAGGUAAAGGGUGCGUUAUGGCUGCCGGAAGCCGUAUGUUAUUUACUAUGAACGAGCUAAGCACGAUGUCAGGGAGGCAAGGUGUAAAUGGUGAUUUCAAGUGUUAAACAUUUUUAUAGAUUUUUUUCCCAGGAUUCUCUGGCACAGUAUGCUAAUUAUCCCAUGCCUUCUUUUCUCCGCAGAGCCUGCGCGAUGUCGUUCACAAGGUCAUGGCGUUACAGUCUGCCACCCGUUGCUUUAUCCACAAUGCAGAGGAGGCGCUGGGCACAUCAUUUUGGGGGGAUGUGGUACUUUCCAGCUUGCCAACCGAGGUGUCCUCUUAUGAGGAAGAGGUAAUGACUUCUCCCUUCUUGUUUCAUGGUCAUUACAGAGACCGAGGAUGAGAGUAUCAACCAUUUAAUGUUCAGCUAUUAAAUCACCAAAUAUCGGUUGCUAAGUAAGAUUUAUUAAUGUUAACCAGCACAAACACACACCAUUCACUCAUGUUCUCAAAGCCUGUAUGUUUGGAUUUGUAUUACACAGCCAUGUCACACCGCCGUUUGUGUCCUAUUAAGAGUUAAUAUUUGGGAAAGGGGCCAAGUAACUUUUUACAUUUUUUUUUAUUCUGCAUUUCUUCUAAUAAUAAUCUGUGUUCAUGUUCCCAGGACAAAACCAGCCACCAAAAACACACCGAAAAUAUCGAACUGGCAUUUGACACGAGUUUCUUUAAAACCCAGUACGAGGUAAGGGGAAGCUCUCUAACCAGUUAAGGAGUAGUGGAGUUAUGAGCUACAAGUAGUAACUACAUAAUAAUGAUUAGUUACGCUAGGAUUAGUUUGGUUACUAGUUAAAGAGUAGUUUAGCUAUGAGUCAGGAGUAACUUAGUGAUUACUAGUUUAUUAAGUAGUUUGUUUUGAGUUUCGGAUUAGGAGUAGUUUUAAUUACUAGGUAAUUCAUUAUUUAGUUUUGUGGUUAUAAGUAGGUGAUUUCUGAUUAAGGAGCAAUUUAAUUAGAAGUUGGAAACAGUGUGGUUUUAGUAAAGGAGUAGUUUGGUUACUAGUUAAGGAGUAGUUUAGUUAAUAGGUUAGGAGUAGUUUGGUUACUAUUUAAUGAGUAGCAUAGUUAGAAUUAGUCUAGUUUCUAGUUAAGGAGUAAUUUAGUUAGGAGUAGUGAUGUCCCGAACGGUUCGCCGCGGACUCAUCAUUGAGUAAACUUUGACCCUGUACCUCACAGUCAGCAGACACAUUGCAGCCAAUCAGAAGCAGACCCUGCCACCUCCGGGACAGCAUCCAUUUUACAUUCAUUGUGAAGCUGCAUUCUUAGUGAGCUGUCCAGGAGGUGGGAGGGUGUUCGGCGAACCGUUCGGGACAUUACUAGUUAGGAGUAGUUUUUUUAAUGAGUAGUUUAGUUAUAAGUUAGGAGUAGUUUGGUUUCUAGUUAAGGAGUAGUUUAGUUAUAAGUUAGGAGUAGUUUUUUUUAAUGAGUAGUUUAGUUAUAAGUUAGGAGUAGUUUGGUUUCUAGUUAAGGAGUAGUUUAGUUAUAAGUUAGGAGUAGUUUGGUUUCUAGUUAAGGGGUACUUUAGUUAUAAGUUAGGAGUAGUUUUUUUUAAAGAGUAGUUUCGUUAUGAGUAGUUUGAUUAAAGAGACUUUAGGAAUCUUUAAUGGUUGCUAGAGAUAAGGAGUAAGUGGCUCUUUACUGUCUCAUUAUUAAUUAAUGAAUAAUUUACAUUUUAUUUGUUUUACUGCGUGUCCAAAUGACUACAAACCGCCGACCCCAACGUGAGCACACCCUAAUAAGGGCUAGUUUGUCCUCGCUGUGCCACUUGGGUAGCAUUUUUAUGUAUUUGAAGAAAAAGUCGUGGCUAUCCCAGUCUACACCUGGUUAUACAAACAGCAAGUAUUUUAAAUUAGUAUUUGUAAGGUAAAGUCCAGAUGGUGUAUUUCUGUGGAUGCACACUGUAAUAUAAAGUACGGAGCACGUCCAUGGGCUCUGCCCCAGGCUGUGAUGGAGAUGGGAGGUGAGGGCUGAAGAUAUGAUAAUCCUAUCUGUUGUUUGCAGUUCACCUUCCCGGAGAAAGCCAUAGCGGUGGCACUGCGCCGGCCCGAGGAGCGCUCACCGCAAGACAUUCGCUUUAUCCGCAGCAUGAUGAUGGGAAUUCUAAGCUUCCGCAGAUACAGCACACACAUGCAGCUCAUGUUAGCCAGAGUCGUGUAUUACAGGAGGUCAGUGAGAAGCAGAGCCGUAAAUUAACCCACCAUUAUAUAUAUCAAUAUCAUGGCUGAUGGAGAUUGCUCAUAGCCGACAUAGACAACAUACAAUAAAAACACACAACAAAAGCUCGAUGAAACAGAAUCUAAGCUAUAGUAAAGAUGUGCCAAUUGUAUGUAAUAGUUUAGGUUUUGUAUUGCUGCACUGUGUGUCCACAAUAAAGAUAUUUGCAAUCAAAAAAGUACACAACAAAUAUAUACAAAUCUAUAAAUGUAAAUUGUGUAAAAACACACAAAUACAUACAUAUGUGAAAGUCAUAGAAAAUGCCCCAGUCCGCAUUGUACAGCACGCUGAGGGUGCCAUUAUUAUUAUACUCAUCUGCGGAUAUUUGGGGCACUGGAUUCCUAUUGGCUGCAAUCUCCACUUAAGGAUUUAUUUUAUUUGCAUUUUGACUCGAGUUAGUUGUUUUUUUAUUCUGGAUUCUCACUGCAUCGUAUCUCUAAAACGUAAGGUAUUGUAAUAGCAGCACACAUAGCCAAAAUCCAUUAACGUACAAUUGUACAUUCUUAUGUGAACUUUUUAUACCAACAUGAAUGCAACAACUUAUUAACGAGAACUUUAUACUAAGGCUUCACGGACCCUUUGAUGUUCAGAGAGGACCAUUCUGUAUGGUAGAUGCUGUGUGGAAUCAUUAUUGAACCCCUGUCAUUACAUCCGCCCAGUCAGUCCAAAAAAAGCACCAUUCAGUAACUAUCAUCCUCUCGCUAUGACUCUCUUAUUUUCACAGAAUUCAUGUUUUUCUGGUUUUCUUCUAUUUACAGGUUUGGCCGAGGGCGAGUCAUUGUGCGGAAGGGACAUCGAGGGGAUAGUUUUUACUUUGUGUUCUCGGGGGUCAUUGCUGUAACGCAGGAUGUGGAUGGCAGGAGUGCGCUGCUGGACCCAGAACCCAUCCUGCUUCACAAAGGAACCAGUUUUGGGGUACGUACCAUAAAUGAGGAGCAAUGAGGGAUCGUUAAUGAAAUUACCUCACUUGUCUGACAGGAGGGGACAGUUAUAUUGAAUAACAUGAAUUUGUUCCUGGUUAUUUGAAGUGUCUGCACCAACAUCACCUCAGCUGUGUACUCAUGGCGCAAAAAAAUAACAAUUUAAUUUUGUAAAAAUAUUUUGACCCGUACAUUAUGUGAGCACUUUGUUUUCAGUCUCCUUACUCACGAUGCUAUAAAAAUUAUGAACUUGUUUCUCAGGAAGUGGCUCUGCUGAAAGGUUUGAGGCGAAACGCGACGGUUAUCUGUAUGGAAGACACAGAGUUUCUCGUGGUGGACAGAAAGGAAUUCUUCAGGAACAAACUGGACCAGGAACUGCAGAAAGAGCUGCAGUUUCGGUUCCAGUUCUUCAGGUACUGGAGGGAAGGGGCACGUUGUACCCCAGCACAGCUGGCUCAUAAAUUCACAUAAUUUAUUAAUUCUACUUUGCUGUGUAAAAUAAUAUAAUGACGUUAUAAACCUGGAAUCCCAGCACAGCUGGUACCUUGAAUGACGUGGUUUAUGUGGUGUAUGUUCAUUAUGAUAGAGCAGGUUAUUGAGGAGACCACCCUCUGUUCCUUCACACUCCAAAAGUCUCUAUAACCAGGAAUAGGGGAUCAAAUCACUGUUUAAAGAGGAACAUCUGUCACUUUCGCUAAAAAGAAAAUAUUUUCUAGAAAACUCAGCAAUGCAAACAGGCAGCUUAAUGUGAUGGGUAGUUACUGUCAUAGUCGUCUACACGUAUUAUUACAUUAUUACAAUUAUUACACCUAUUAAUACAAUAUUAUAUUACACAUAUUGAUAUAGUACUACAAGUAUUAAUAUAAUAUUACACCUAUUAAUAGAUCAUAUUACACAUAUUAAUAUAAUAUUACACACAUUAAUAGAUCAUUUUACACAUAUUAAUAUAUUACACACAUUAACAGAUCAUAUUUCACAUAUUAAUGUAAUUAUCGAUUACAUUAAUAUGUGUAAUAUGGGGGAUACACAUUUGAUAUAGUAUCAAAUUGCACAUAUUAUUAUCUUUAGAACCACAAGUGUUUAACUUCAAACUGGCAAAGCAUCAUGGAAGAUGUAGUUUUACAGCUGAGCUCUAUCCUUCGGCUAACCUUGAUGUAGCUGAUUGAAUUGCAUUAGUGAGUCACUGUGUGUCCUAUUCUAGAUACCUGGACCUGUUCUCAAGCUGGUCUGAUGAGUCUCUGGAGACCUUGGCUGAUCAUUGCAAGAUUGAAGAAUGUACCCACAGCCAGGUCAUCGUCAAUGACACCAGCGAAACAAAAAACAUUAUCUUUGUCACCAAGGUAACCACUCUGAAAUCAGACCCACUAUUGGGUGUUCCGUAUUACAGAUACAAUGAAACUCAAUUAUCGGACGUCCCUUGUAACACUUAUCACGGAUAUCUUAUCAUUUGAGCCACUGAGAUUAUAAUAUGGCCAUAGAGUUUAGAUAUUUCAAAUUAACAUAAUUGGUUACCCCCCCCCUUACAGUAUCUAACACACCGCAGUCAGGAACCAAACAAAACACGCCACAUUUUACCCCACACAAGCUAAGUGAAUACCAGUAGCCACACAUCAAGCAUAUCUCCCCAACAAACGCCUCUACCCAGGGCCUGUGCAAGGAUUUUUGGGUACACAUGCGAAGAUGAUUUUGGCACCCCCCACCCCCCAAAAAAAAGCAUCUUCACCUGUGUGCCUCUUAACCCGCCUUUUGUUUCUUAUCCCCUUGUUAAAAUGUGUUACCCCCUUUAGUGUAUAUUACGCCCUAUUUUGUGUGUCUUACACAUCCCUUGUGUAGCUCUCAAAAACCCUUUAUGUAUCUUACCCCCCCUAGCCCCUUUGUGUGUCUGCUUCUCUCCCAGCCCAUUUGUGUCUUUUACUCUUUCCAGCUCCUUUGUGUGUUUCUCUUUCACCCCCAGCCCGUCUAUCUCCCCCUCGGCCCUCUUUCUCUUUUUCCUCUUCUCCAGCCCCUCUGUGUCUUUUUCAUUCCCAGCCCUUCUGUGCAUCUUUCUCACCCCCAGGCCCAUCUGUGUCUUACUUCCCCCUCAUGUCCCUCUGUGUGUCUUUCUCCCAACUCAGGGCCCCCUGUGUGCCACUCUCCCCUCCAUAUCCAUUAGUGGUCCUCUUCCCUGUCCCUUAGUGUUCCUCUCCCCUCCCUUCCCUGUCCCUUAGUGUUCCUCUCCCCUCCCUCCCCUGUCUCUGUGUUCCUCUCCCCUCAACUCCCCUGUCCCUUAGUUUUCCUCUCCCCUCCUCCCCUGUCUCUUAGUGUUUCCUCUCCCCUCAACUCCCUAUCCCUUAGUGUUCCCCUCUCUCCUCUGUCCCUUGAGUGUUCCUCUCCCGUCCCUCCUGUCCCUUAGUGUUUCCUCUCCCCUCCCUCCCCUGUCCCUUAGUGUUCCUCUCCCCUCCUUUCCCUGUCCCUUAGUGUUCCUCUCCCCUCCUUUCCCUGCCCCUUAGUGUUCCUCUCCACUUCCUUCCCCGUCUCUUAGUGUUCCUCUCCGCUCCCUCCCCUGUCCCUUAGUGUUCCUCUCCCCUCUCUCCCCUGUCCCUUAGUGUUCCUCUCCCCUCCCUCCCCUGUCCCUUAGUGUUCCUCUCCCCUCCCUUCCCCGUCUCUUAGUGUUCCUCUCCCCUCCCUCCCCUGUCCCUUAGUGUUCCUCUCCCACCUUACCUGUCUCUUAGUGCCCUUAAUUCCUUUAAUGCUCCUCCCACCCCUCCUUCUUAGCGUUCCUCUCCUCUCCCUUUUAGUGGUCCCUACUAGCCCAGUGUUCCUUUUCCCUUCCCUCCCCUGUACCUUAGUGUCCCAUCCCCCCUACCCCCCUUAGAUAGAAAUAAACACCCAUGCUGCAUUAACAUACCCACCAAAUUUUGAACAAAUAUUGUAGAGUGAUUGGGAUGCAUGUCUUUCCCUCGAGGGAUUAUUAUGUUUUGGUGAGGUGCUAAUUCUUGAUGGUAAAGAGACUGGGAGUGGGCAGCAGAAUCUAUUUAAAACAAAGAAAUAGUAAAGUAUGGACAAAAGUAUUUAGAAUAUAUAGACCAUGCCUCGAAGGGUGACAAAGCGCAAAUUAGUAUCUCCAUCUGUACAACUGAACACUCAGCAAGACUGCGCCAUUUAAAGUAUUGCACACGCCUGAAAGGACACAUAUACUCAUGUGUGCUGUAUGUAAAUGCAGUAUGUAUGUUCUUUGUUGGCUUUUGCAGAAAUAAGUAGUACCAUAACAAAAUUGCUAACUAUUGUGGCUGUUAAUCCUAACUUAUCGUCCUUCCUUUAUUCUUUCUUUCUUACUUUCCUUUUUCCCACAAUCCCAAUCACUGUUACCCAAAACCAUCCCCCAGCCAGUCUGUUCUCAAACCAUCACUACCCAGUAUCAGCUCUUUGCUGCCCUAAUCCCAUCUCUUUAGGAUCUGUGCCCGCACAAUGUCUCCACUAGUGAUGUCCCUUAGUUUUCCUCUCCCCUCCCUCCCCUGUCUCUUAGUGUUCCUCUCCCCUCAACUCCCCUAUCCCUUAGUGUUCCUCUCCCCUCUCUCCUCUGUCCCUUAGUGUUCCUCUCCCGUCCCUCCCCUGUCCCUUAGUGUUCCUCUCCCCUCCCUCCCCUGUCCCUUAGUGUUCCUCUCCCCUCCUUUCCCUGUCCCUUAGUGUUCCUCUCCCCUCCUUUCCCUGCCCCUUAGUGUUCCUCUCCACUUCCUUCCCCGUCUCUUAGUGUUCCUCUCCGCUCCCUCCCCUGUCCCUUAGUGUUCCUCUCCCCUCUCUCCCCUCUCCCUUAGUGUUCCUCUCCCCUCCCUCCCGGGUGGACGCCAUGCAUCCCCUUAGUGUUCCUUUUCCCUCCUUUCCCUAUCCUUAGUGUUCCCCUCCCCUCCCUCCCCUGUCCCUUAGUGUUCCUCUCCCCUCCCUCCCCUGUCUCUUAGUGCCCCCCUCUCUUAGUGUUCUUUUUCCCUUCCCUCCCCUGUCCCUUAGUGUUCCUCUCCCACCUUACCUGUCUCUUAGUGCCCUUAAUUCCUUUAAUGCUCCUCCCACCCCUCCUUCUUAGCGUUCCUCUCCUCUCCCUUUUAGUGGUCCCUACUAGCCCAGUGUUCCUUUUCCCUUCCCUCCCCUGUACCUUAGUGUCCCAUCCCCCCUACCCCCCUUAGAUAGAAAUAAACACCCAUGCUGCAUUAACAUACCCACCAAAUUUUGAACAAAUAUUGUAGAGUGAUUGGGAUGCAUGUCUUUCCCUCGAGGGAUUAUUAUGUUUUGGUGAGGUGCUAAUUCUUGAUGGUAAAGAGACUGGGAGUGGGCAGCAGAAUCUAUUUAAAACAAAGAAAUAGUAAAGUAUGGACAAAAGUAUUUAGAAUAUAUAGACCAUGCCUCGAAGGGUGACAAAGCGCAAAUUAGUAUCUCCAUCUGUACAACUGAACACUCAGCAAGACUGCGCCAUUUAAAGUAUUGCACACGCCUGAAAGGACACAUAUACUCAUGUGUGCUGUAUGUAAAUGCAGUAUGUAUGUUCUUUGUUGGCUUUUGCAGAAAUAAGUAGUACCAUAACAAAAUUGCUAACUAUUGUGGCUGUUAAUCCUAACUUAUCGUCCUUCCUUCCUUUAUUCUUUCUUUCUUACUUUCCUUUUUCCCACAAUCCCAAUCACUGUUACCCAAAACCAUCCCCCAGCCAGUCUGUUCUCAAACCAUCACUACCCAGUAUCAGCUCUUUGCUGCCCUAAUCCCAUCUCUUUAGGAUCUGUGCCCGCACAAUGUCUCCACUAGUGAUGGAAUUGUCCUCAAUAUCCUAUCUGUGGCGUACAGAUUCUCAAAUGCUGUCAAGACUUGUUUAAUUUAAUAUUCCAUUAGACCCUUGGAUUUAGCUACUAGCACAAUCACAUGUACUUACUUGUCGUCAACCCUACCCCUCCCCGUCCCUUAGUGCCCCUCUCUCUUCCCCCCUUGGUCUGCUCCCUUCCCUCCCCGGUGUGUCUCCUACCUUCUUGUAGCGUGGCCGAGAAGAGCAGAACCACGGUACAGGAGCAUCAGUUUUCUGUACCUGGCUGGACUUACAGGAACUGCUCUCUCAGUGAGCACUUCUUUUCAGUCCAGCCGGGUAUAGGAAACAGACGUUCCUGUACCGCGGUCCGCUCCGCCCAGCCACGUUACACCGAGUGACUGGCAGGAGGGAGCACUGUGCACCCACCUCCUGCUGGUCACUAUCAUCUAGCGCCCCCCGGGCCUGUGCGCCCUACGGCCUUAUGGAUGCUCCAGCCCUGCCUCUACCCAAAGUGGCUACCACCAUAAAACUAUAAUUUAGUACGAACACGUACCCUCCCACCCAGAAGUCAGGAUUCCAAAAGCCACUAGAUCAAAGCCCCUGAAGGUGCCCUGGCCAACGGAAGACAAAAAAAACUCCUCUUCGAGGGAAAACAAGGGACCCCCAUGGACACUGAACAGGUCUAUCCAAAGGGUACUGUAACAAUAGGAGACAUGAAUGUCCCAGAAACUUUUAGCUCAAGACAACGUCAUGAACUAAUGUAACAAGUUAGUUCUGUACUUCUGUAUUUCUGUACCUAAAUAUCUCACUGUACUUACAGUAAAUGAAACCCACAAAUAAAGAAUUUAAAAAAAAAGAUAACUGGUUACUGCAAAUUGACAAUGACGGUUACUCAAGGUGUUGCCAGGGACUGGCUUUUCAAUAACAUUUUAGGAGACUUAAUGACCUACUGAUAACCAUUAAUGUAACUGUAAAUGUGAUCUACAAAAAGAGCAAAGUACUUUAUUUACCAGACUGAUUUCUAAACACAUUGGCUUAGAUACAUUACUGGGACUUGCUAUAUAAAAUCCUACGUUUAAUGGAAAUUCUGUGAUUCUGUGAAUUCUUCCUUUAAUAUUUCUUAUGUUGCUAAUAUAACUGUACAAAUGGCUGCAUUUCCCCAGGGCCGCUGUGAAGUCCUGCGUUUGGUCGAUCUCAGCCAAUGUCCUUCCUUCUUAAAAUGGCUUAAACAGCACGAUGUUCUACUAGGACCGUCCUCACUGCUCACUCACACAGGUAAGAGCUGGGAUUGGAUGGAAGAUCUGCAAACCAACUUCACCCACUUAUCCUUUCACCAAUUAGCACUUCAAUAAGGCCAUGUGGUCAAAAUACAGAAAGGUCAUACCUGAGGUCACCCAACAGAGGGAGGUCGGCUUAAUUUGACAGAAUGAAACUGACUUUUAAAAUAAUAAGAAUACAUUUUCUUUAAUAAAAUGAUACAAAAGAUAAACAAAAUUUGGUUAAACCCUUGGUGUCUUUUUUUUUCAGGAAGGUCCGUGCAAAACACCAGGGUCCAAGGAGACACAUCACAUGGCAAAAAGGAUGCUGGAGGUGGUUUAAUUUCAGACUCAAGGUUAGUUCCUGGUCGGUAGCUGUGGGAACAUCACUGAUUCCAAAGGUAUGAAACCAUGGCUUGGUGGAUACAAUUUAUGGUUCUGCUUCCAUAGGUCCAUAUCUGUGGAGAAUAUAGCCCAGAGAAAUGGACUCCCUGUGUCCUAUUCUGAAACCCUCAAAGGUCUCGUUCUACCCCAAGAUCUGGUGGCCGGUGUCUACCUGCGUAUUGACUCGAUCCACCCGGGGCAAUACUUUGUGAGUUAUUUUGGUUUAUUUACAGACAGAAACUGAGAAUAAUUGAGCAGGGAAUUACAAUACGAGGACAAAAUCGCUCAUUUGGAAACUAUGGUCUCAAAUUCAAAUUUUAUAUGAAUGUUUAUGCAAUCAAUAAAUGCAAUGAUUUAAUAUAGCUUGUCCAAUCAAUAUUUAAUUAAGGCCUUCAUAUGAGAUUGUCCCUCAUUCUGAGCAUUUUGAUCUAAUAUUGGAUAUAUCUCACUUAAUUCCUAGAAAAUCAGUUUAGAAAAUAAUAUUGAUUUUGUCUGUUCAUGAAAUAUUGGUGCAACACCAUAAACAAAUCUCUAUAUAAUGCUGCUCCCACCUAUCUAUCCUCCCUAAUACACAAGUAUGUCUCGUCUAGGCCCUUACGCUCUGCUGAAGACUUACGUCUAUCUUCUGUCCAUACUCCCACCUCUAAUGCUCGCCUUCAAGACUUCUCCGGGGCUGCACCGUUCCGGUGGAACUCCCUUCCCUCCUCCGUUAGAUGCUCACCCAGUCUCCACUCCUUAAAAAAAUCAUAAAAAAUUAACUUCUUCAUAAAAGCGUAUCAAUUAAACUAUAAAUAGCUCCUGAAUGAUUCCUCUCUUACAACUGUCAUUAGUCUAAUGCUGUCCUUACCUUUUUGUGUCACUUUACCCCACUCCCUCCAGCAUGUAAGCUCAUUGAGCAGGGCCCUCAACCCCUCUGUUCCUGUGUGUCCAACAUGUCUGGUUACAACUACAUGUCUGUUCGUCCACCCACUUGUUGGCGCUAUAUAAAUAAUAACAUAAUAUAAAUAAUAACAUAAUAAUAAACCAAGCUUUUAUAGAGAGGUACUGACACCAUACACAGAGCUUUAUAGAGAGGCACUGACACCUUACACAGAGCUUUAUAGAGAGGUACUGACAACAUAUACAGAGCCUUAUAGAGAGGCACUGACACUAUCUAUGUAUAUAUUUAACCCUUAGAGAGGUGUGGACGUGGACUACAUUGAAUCCUGUUUGGAACGAGAAGGUAGACUGAUCCCGGAGCAGGUAUGGUGCAGAUUGGGUGUGGGGGGGGACGAUGACACAUAGUGUCAGGAGGCUUUUCAUAUGGAAAAUAAAAACAUACUCCAGGCAAGCAUAGCCCCUGUCACGCAUUCUAAUGCAUUAUGGAGAUAAUGUACAAAAUAAUAUAAAAUGUUAUAAAACAAACUACAAUAUCAAUUUCCCAUCCAACGUGGGCAAAUGGCUAAAGUUAAAUCUUAGCCCGUGCUAAAACCACCCCCAGUUGGGAAUAAGCUGUGUCAUUAGCCAUCUAUGAGCCACAUUUUCUGGAGAUUAGUCACUAAUAUUGAAAAUACAAUGAGGUAAACGGAAAUUUCAAAAUUUAGGAAAAUUGGAAAAAUCCCUCAACUUAGCUGUUUCGAGCUAUGCUAUGUGCAUGCAAUGGGCGAUCCCUCGUCAGAAGCCACAAUUCCUGUAUGUAGGGAAUUCCCUGGGGGCACACCACAGGGGAAAAUGGCUAUAACUCAAUAUUAACCAAUGCCAAUCCCACACGGCAUGAGUUGACCCUUCUAAAUCUCACGUAUUGUGUCUCAAUGAAACCAUAGCAGAGGGCACCACCUGACACAAUACACAGUUUAUUUGCAGAUUACUAACUGAGCAAUUACUGCUUCUCCAGACUCUGACCUUCAUCCCCACCGACAGCCCCAGAGAUCCCAGAUCCAUGGUCAUCGUCAGCCAGGGCGCAGAUAUCAUUCGGAUUAAAUUGGAUAAAUUCACAGAAUUGGCAGAUCUCAAGACUUUAAAGAAACUCAAGUCAGAAAUGACCGGAUAUCCCAGGUGAGGUCCGUCACAUCAGACCCAUUCCUUAUAGCUCGGUCAGUGUGAGCAGCUGUGACUCGAAGCGGACAUUGCAAUAUAGCGACAGAGAAAAGGUUGAUAGAUAAGUGUCUGUUCACUGCCCAUCCAUUGUAUUGAAUAGAGUCCCGACAAUCAUACUUCAGCAUAGGCCAUUAUACUGAUUUAGUAAAAGUGUAUUUUCUAAGAUCAACAUGUCUACUAAGUAGAAGAAGUCUUCUCUGAUGCAGCUUCAGCUCACCUUGAAAGCAACUACAGCACAUGCGUGACAAUACAGUGUAGUUGCUGUGAUUAUUCCCUGCUGACUGUGAGAUUAGAAGAGCCCCAUUCCUUGCUAGAGGCUUCACUUUAUUCACAAGCUAAACAUGUUAGCAUGGUCCCUGGCAUCAUAUGGAGGAAGUGGUUUGCAUUGGAACGCGCUGUUAGAUAGGAGGUGGGCAGUACGGAAAGGCGGUAACACUUACAAAAAUGUAACAAUGGCGACAGUGAAAGGGCUGAAAAAGAGCUAAAUAUUUAAUUAAAAAUAUUUUUAAACAAUACAUCAAUUAGAUUAAGGUUAAUUGUGUAUUCAGUCCAUAUUUUUAUGAAAACUAGAAAACUGAAACAAAACAUUUACUUUAAAAAAAAUGGAUGAGGGAACGGAAAGUCUCCAAUAAGCAAACUGGACUUUUAAUACAAAGAGUUAAAGCUGUUUUGGGUCAUGAUUCUCCACGUUAGGGACUGCCAGAGGCGAUGCCCAUAGUUAUCAUGUAAGAUCCAGUUUUCAUUUCAGAUAUUGUAGCUUAGAAAUUUCUAAUUUUUAGGUAAAGUAAGUCUUGAAUGCUUUCCUCCUCAGUGACAAUGACCUCUGCAGAGUCUUCCUUGAGCAGAACAAAUGGAAGGUGUUUAAGUCAGACCUGGUCAAUUGUCUAAGCUCCACUCCAAGCCUUCACCCAAAGCUGUACCCUCACAUGGAGAAAGGGAAGGGUGAUCGGAAUCAACAGUGCGCAGACAGGAGUGGGAUUCUACAACUGGGCACCCGCAAAACACGCUCUGCAAAGGUGGGUAUCACUUUGGUAACCCCUAGGUCAGACUAUGGAGCGAUAAGACAGUUACCCAGCAAGACCAAGGAACACAGAUUAUUGUCACGAACAAUGUCUGUGAUGGAAACAGAUAUUAAACAAGAGCAGCUAAAUUUAAUGACGAAACUCGAUCUGUUAGUGUACAACAUCUCCAAUAAACCUUUGAGAGCUGGUAGAGCUGUAUGGGUGUUACUCACGUAAUGCCCGGAGUUUGAUUAUCCCUGAUACAGACUUUCAUGAAACAAGUGAUUGCACUCAUGGAUCAUGAUUCACAUAUUAUGUGAUUGUCACAAUUCGGUAGGGAAACCUUCUUAAUUCUUCCUAUUGAACCGAGGUAAUGUGAGAGCGUUAAAUAGCACUUUAUCUACUAGUGGUGAGUUGAAAACGGAAUGAAGGCCUAACGACCCAAGUCUGUAAUUCAGAUGAAAUUGGUAUUUUUUUUUUUUUUUUUUUAUAUUCUUUAUUUUUGUUCGCAUCGCAUAUACAAAGUUUAGAUUGCAUUACAGCGCCAUAAGCAGUGGAAACAGUUUAAGCAGGUUGUAGAGUAUAAUAGCAACCAUUAGUGCGUAGCCACUUAGCAUCGGGUUGGCAUAUGCGACAUGGGUUUUUUGUUUUUUGUGAUGUAACAAUUUUUAACUGUCAACUUGAAAAUAUAGAUAAAAUAGAGAAUAAGAGGAAAAUACCCCUAGAAAUAUACAUUGCAUCCUCUGCUUCCAGGGCGCUGUGUUAGGUUGUAUCGUGAGGAAUUGUGUUGUGCUAUGUGUGCGCCAUGCGCUUAAACAGAGGCAGGUGCCAACGUGGCAUUGAGGCAUUAAUAGGGGUAAAAAUGGGGGGGGGGGAGGGGGGGAAUACUUUUGGUGGUACUACGGCUUAGCAAGGUUGCCUACGGAGCCAGAGAAAUAAUAACAUAUGAAACUUCAGAAGUAAGAAAUUAUAUAACUGUCAAUUAUGACAUGCAGGAAACAAAUAGUUCAGUCGGUGUCAAGCUGGGGGGUCCGCCGACCCCGCCAGUGCAUAUCGUGGGACAAAUGGAGGGAUGUCUUCUACUGCCCGUGUUCUUCUGUCCCGUGGUGAUAGGGCUUCUGCUGAAACUCCCAGUGCUUGGAGGAAGGCAGGUGCAUCUUGGAGUUGCGAGAGCGGGAACUUCUUGCCAUUUUUCUCUGCCACUAGGUGGUGUGGGCCCCAUCUGUACGGGAUGUCAGCCUCCCUCAGCAGCUUUGUAGCGGAGCGGAGUGACUGCCUCCAUUGCAUGGUUGCUCUUGAGAGGUCCUUGUAGAAGGACAGCUGCGAGCCUUCAAAAGUCAGUGAGGGAGAUACUCUUGUGGUUCCCAGGACUGCAGACUUGUCAGAGUCCCUCUGAAAUUGCAGCAGCACGUCCCUGGGUGCCUCUGGGGGUGCCUUGGCUGCCUUGGGCAAUCGAUGGCAUCUGUCAAUUACAGCUUGCUUGGCUUGCUUAGGUGUUAGCAGUGUGGCUAGCAAUCGCCUUAUGUAGUGAGGCAGUUCAUCUGGUGAGGUGGAUUCAGGUAUGCCUCGUAUCCUUAUAUUGCGGGCUUUAGCCCUGUCUUCCAGACCUGCCAGUCGCUGGCUCAUUUCGCCACAUUUCUUUUGUAGGGUAUGGAGCGUAGCCUCUGUGGCUGAUUGUGCCAGAUGUGUACCUCCUAGUUCUCCUUCCACUGCCUGGACACGGCCUGUCAGCUUAACGACAUCCUCUCUUACCACUGCUAUGUCAGCUUGAAACAUGGCCUUGAGGUCCUGCAAUAAGGCUUUAAUAUCUGCCUUGGUUGAAGGGGCAGCGUCCCCAAGUCCCACAUACCGGGAUUGUGUGUUCAUCGUGGCUGGUAUCAUGGCAGAGAAAUCUUCCUCUGGUGUGUUCUCAGCUUCCGACGAAGCCGUGGAGUAGGCCGUGGUCGGCGCCAUCUUGGGCUGCACGGGGUACUGCGACUGUUUGAAUAAAUUGCCUAUAUCUCGGCAGCCGAUUCCAGGAUCCACUCGCUGCUUUUUGGAGCGGCGCCCCAUGUUCCCAGGACCCAGUGGAGCUCGUUUUGGGCUUUGUGUGUGCCCAGUGGGUAGGUACAUUCGCCGUUUAAUCAGCCGGCGGCUCGGAGCUUGCAGAGGAUGCGACCGUCUCGCUUGGGCGCUGGCUCCGCCCCCCGAAAUUGGUAUUUUUAAUUAAAAGUUGCACCAUACCAGACUGUAUGCAACGCUGACAAAGACUGUUGCGUGGGAUUUUCUCCUUAAAUGACACAUUCUUCAUUAAAUUUAGUCUCAGCUUAGAGCAGGAUCCUCAUACAUUGGCUCAGUAGAUUUGAAAUGUAAUGGUCUUCUUACUUAUUAUAGGUAUGAGAGAAUUGGCAUUAACACAAACACUAAUCUGUCUGGCAUAUCCACAAAGACAAGUUUAAUGAGAUCAUUAUGUACCAAUUAAAAUAUGCAGCUAUUUGGUCAAGGAACCUGCUGUGAUCACUUAAAUCUUCCAAAUAUAUACUUAUCAAUCCAAAUGACUUAUUAUUAUUAUUUUUAUAUUUAUAUAGCGCCAGCAAAUUCCGUAGCGCUGUACAUCAUUUCACGUUAUUACGUCAGCCAGUCUGAUCAUUCUCAUUCUUUUUAUUCUAGUUCUGGACAACGCCAAUAAACCCAAAAGCCCCCGAACCGGGCAGAAAGGACCAUAAGCCACAUAAUUCCACCCAGGGGUCCAUCCGAUUGAUCCACGGGAUCGAUAUUCCUAAAUUGUGUGGGAAGAGGGUGAUGUGGUGAUGGUGGCUGCGGAUACUAACGAAUACCCCAGAAAGACGGCAUCUCUGGAUUUAGCAGAAGAGGAAAUGUUAUCCUAAUCACACUGUAAAUUGCUUCCAGGGACAAUUCCAACUUUACCAAAAUAUAUAACUUUCAUCUACAGGAAAACUACAUCAAAUAUAAUGAUGGAAAAAUGUGUUGGCUUUAUACUAAAAAUAGGCUUGCCUAUUAAAGGGACACUAUAGUCACCUGAACAACUUUAGCUUAAUUAAGCAGUUUUGGUGUAUAGAUCAUGCCCCUGCAGCCUCACUGCUCAAUUCUCUGCCAUUUAGGAGUUAAAUCCCUUUGUUUAUGAACUCUAGUCACACCUCCCAGCAUGUGACUUGCACAGCCUUCCAUAAACACUUCCUGUAAAGAGAG